AUGGCGGGCGAUGAGAGAGUCAGCAUCACUGCGGUGUCGUGGACACUAGGCACACUGUCCAUCCUUUUAGUCGCACUACGUCUCUACACUCGCUUGCUGAUAACUAGAUGUCGAGGAUGGGACGAUCUGUUCGUCACUAUUGCUUUAGUAAACGCAAUCAUCUGCUCAGCCCUAACCCAAAUCGCAGUCUCCCACGGCCUUGGGAAGCACGAGGCCGAUAUCCCAAAUCCCAACGACCGCAUAAGCGCUGCCAAAUACGCCACUAUUGCACCCAGCUUCUCCGUCAUCAGUACAGUGACUGGCAAAAUCUCUGUAGUGAUAUUCCUCCUCCGACUGCUAACGUUAUCUGCCAAACCGUGGCAUCGAUGGUUUCUCCACUCUUUGACGCUCGCUUCAAUUGCGUGGAAUAUACUCGGGAUAGUUGCGAUUAUCGGUUAUUGUCGGCCGACGAGGAAGAUAUGGCUGCCUGAAACGGAGGGGAGUUGCAUGAGUUCAAGAUUCCAGCUUGUCGCUGGGAUAUCGCAAUCUGCAUUUAACGCCUUCGCUGACUGGGCACUCGCACUCUUCCCUGCAAUCUUAUUUCGCAAGGUCCAGCUGCCGCUUUUGAAGAAGGUAGUAGUCAUCGCUGUUUUGGGGUCUGGCGUACUGGACAUGGCGCGCCAUCAUGAGAUGGUAUAUGUAGAAUUGAGACAGCAGCCUAAGAUAUGGAACGAGCAGAUGUACCUGAUAAUAAUCUGCGCCUCUGUUCCGACAAUGCCGCAGAGCCUUAAUGCCCUCCUCCACCUCUGCAAGACAUAUCACAAGUACAAUUCCAGUUCGUCCCGUUGCAACUUGAGCAGACCAAGUAUUCGAGAACCAGGAGUCUUGCUUAAACGCAUGCAGGACAGUUCAUUGUUUGACGCACCUGCCGAGCAUGCUGGGAGCCAGGAAAAUAUCCUCGCCUGUAACGAGGGCGAAUUGAAUACGAAUAUCGGAUGUAUGAUAGACCUUACUGUUGCUCAGGACAGUGAUAUAGGCGACAUAGUUCUGGUCCAAGGCGGAACAAAUUGA